AGUUUCCCCUUGAGAACUCGUCACUUUCAAUUAGAAAAUCGUUGGCUCUUUCUUUCCACCAACUGUUCCCUCCCAAAUUCUCAUUUUCCACCAUUUUUCUUUCUCUCUAUUUAAAGCUUGUCUCUCUUCUCCCAAUUACUCUAAUUGUUCUUCUCCACAGUCUGAUCUAUCUUUUCUUUGUAAAUAUGGAGAGCCAAAACAACGGCAAGGUGAGUGCAGUCGAUGGAGUGGGGAGCAAGAGGGAAGUGGCCACGCCAAGAAAAGUGAAUAGCUGUGACUUGAUUCUGAGGGUUUUGGCUCUGCUGCUGACACUUGUAGCUGCCAUAGUUCUCGGGGUGAAUAAGCAGACUAAGGUUGUUCCAAUUCAGAUCGCACCAACCUUGCCUCCUCUAAACAUUGAAGCCCAAGCUAGGUGGCAUUACUUGUCUGCCUUCGUGUACGCCAUGGUGUCAAACAUCAUAGCAUGCUCCUAUGCUGCAAUAUCUAUACUCAUGGUGAUGGGAACCCGAAAUGCAAAGAAAGGACUGGCACAAACCGUCAUCCUCCUCCUCGACCUGGUCAUGGUGGCAUUGCUAUUCUCCGCCAACGGAGCUGCCUUCGCCAUCGGCCUGAUGGGCUACAAAGGCAACUCCCACGUCAGAUGGAACAAAGUCUGCAACGUUUUCGACAAAUUCUGUAACCAGGUUGCUGUCUUCGUUGUUCUGUCUAUGCUUGGUUCGGUAGCCUUCAUGCUUUUGGUAGCCCUCGCUGCUGUUACCCUCCAUAAGAGAUGCAAGUAAAAAUGGAAUGAAUGUUUUUAUGUAGAAUUAAAAUAAAAUUAUGUGAAGAAAAUCCUGUUCUAAUUUAUAUUUAUAUUUACUGUUAUGGGGAUUUCCUUCUCUUCUUAUAUUUCGGAUGAAUUUCCAAUUAUAUAUAAACAAAUACAAUAAAAAAUAAUGAAAUUUCCAGUGGAGGGUGACCUGUGAGCCUAAGCUGGCAGGUGUGACCUCUGGGAAGGCAAAAAGGGACCAACAAAGCUGCAAGUCUACAACAGAAAUUUUUUAUUUUUUAAAUUAAAUUUUCAUUUGUUUUCCCUUUUUUUUUUCCAAAUCCAAAGUCCAAAAUGUUUACAUUUAUGAUUGGAGGGUUCAAACUAUUUAAACCAAGUUUGGUUUUCCAAAUGUAUUUCUUCCUACGAAAUGUGGAUUUGUUGCUUCAAUUUUAUAGAAUCAAAGCAGAGUAUGAGUAGUUGCUGAACGUACACUGUCACCUGCAACAAAAGCAAAAUCUGUCCCCCUGCACUGUUCAGAGCAAUAUUCUGAGAAACAGUUUCCUUAACAAAUCAGAUAUCGGCUUUUCCUUCAUCACAUGCAAAAGCAGAGAAAAAAAGAGAGAGAGAGAAAGAUGGAAGACCAACAGAAUUGGAAAGGGGAAGAAGAGGAAGAGAGUGAAAUAAAUGAGCUGCUAUGUAGUAUUAUGGAAGGUUAUAAUGACAAACUGAUACCUCCAUUGUCACAAUUCUCACCGUCGCGACAGGCUGCUGCCGCCAUUGUUGAGGAAAAGGGUUCGAGCUCGAGGGAACGUGGCAGGGCAAAAGAAGCUAAAGAAGUGACUGAGAGCUUGAAGAAGGAAAGAGAUAGGAGGGAGAAGAUGGCUGAGAAUUAUGAUCUUCUUCAGUCUAUGGUCCCUAAUCUCUUCCCUAAGGCCACAAGAGAGAUGAUUGUUGGUGAAACGAUUGCAUAUAUCCAAUCUCUUGAGAAAGAGAUAACAAGGAUGGAAGAGCUGAAGAAUUCAUCUGAGUCAUCGAAAGGGAAGAUGCAUCUGUAUUCCAACAGGAAUUCCUCAAUCGAUGUCACUGUCUCCAGCAACGUCGUCUUCUUUGGGAUUCAAUCAAUGGUACGACCAAGACUUGUGACAGACAUUUUCAUGGUACUCCAUAAGCACAAGGCCGAGGUUUUGGGUGCAAAUGUUGCGGUUAAUCAUAGGCAAUUAACAUUAACUGUGACAGCAGUUGUCAAUGGGAACAGAGACAGAACGAUUGAGAAGAUUAAGGGAGACAUACUGAUUUUAUAGGUUUGAAACCAGGAGUUUAAGAAAUUUUAUUACUCAUAUAAAAACCAUAUAAUUAAAAAAAACUUAAAAUAAUUAUUCAUUUGUUAUUUAAAGGGUCUCAGAAAUUUAAUUUUAUA